AUGGCAGGGUCUGUCCACUGCCCCAGUGAGAACGAGCCUGACGUGGCCUGCUGCUUCUUCUGUCUCAGAGAGCUGGAGUGCUGGGAGCCUGAGGACAACCCAUGGUAAGUAUGGUCCUUACACUAGAACCAGGGCCCGGAGUUAUUACUGGUCUGUGCCCUAACUGUAUGAGCCGCCAUUAAAUCCUCCUCACCAUUCACAUUGGAUUCAAUACCAUUAUUGUUCAGUCGAAACACUACACCUUUGACAUUUGCAUUAUCAGAGUUGUCACUGUGAUAAUAAUUGAGUCUUUAAUGACCUACAUGUCUCUGUCUUCUCUUUCCGCUCUCUGUUGUCCGUAGGUCUGAGCAUAUCAAACGCUCAACGUACUGUGGCUUCCUGGCCAUGAGGAAAGACUUUGAGGAGCUGACUGUGGCUGAGUUCUAUCAUCUGGAGCAGGAGAGACUGCGCACCUACAUUGUAAGUCACCAACCCUACCCUAUAUAUAUAUUUUGACACAGUUUUCUAUACAAGAAACUGUAUUGUCCCCAAUGGGAAAAAAUGUCUUAGACAGGUACUGCUAAACAUCAUAUACAUUGCAGCCUCACACACAUUGCACAUGUCAUACACAUCAUAUACACCUACAUCUUCUCAUUCAAGACAAAUACUUGAUAUACAUGCAUUGCACAUUGUCCCUGUAUUUUCUGCUGUGUGUAGACUCAUGCCUUGACUGAAAGUUGUGCUUUUAAGUAUUUUCUUUAAGUUCACAAGCUAUUUGUUACUUGAUGUAGGGUUGGGGUCAUUUUCAGUUGACUUCUGUAGGCCUAAGUUGUGUAUUACUUGGAGUUUGCCCGUGUCAAUAGCAUGUAAUUUCUACUGUUGCAGAGGAAGACUUUCCAUCUGAAGAUCGGCAUUUUUCGAGAUAAGGUGGAGGAAACAGUUGAUUACAUGAGAAUGCUGUUUGAUUCGGCACCUAUAAUGUAG